AUGCAGCCCCCUGUUCCGCUGGAGCGACUGCACCGUCCAGCCGCAAGUGAUGAUGCCCGUCGCCGCACCCGCGGUUCCCAUGAGAGAGUACCAUGCGUAGACGUCGGACCGGUCGGCGGGGGUGGUGAGCUGCGCGACGAUGCUCUCCUCUACCGCGCGGAAUGGUCCGAUCUCAUUGCCGCCAGGCGAGAUGACGCCAAAGACAGCCGCAACCAGGAGAAUCCAGUAGUUGCUGGAAGUCGCAAACACGAUGCCGGAAGCGGUCAUCAUGAUCGAUCCGAUACCCAAGACGGCGCGGCGGCCCAGCCCGUCGGCCACUGCGGUCAGGAGGAGGCUGAGCAGCACGUCACCGACAAGCGUCAGGCUGAGGAAGAGACCGAUCAAGCUUUCCGGGUGGCCCAGCGCGCGCAGGUGUGGGAUCAGCGGUAG